AAUGAGAGCUGGAGCCAGGAAAAGGUAAAGCGGCUGGAACUCGCGACACACCAGGGAGUAGUAGUCUGCGAGGAAAAGAGAGAAUUAAGGCUUGCGCCAUUUUUUCUCUGCUAGGAGUUAGGAAUCUAAAGUAAACAAGAAAGCAGGAUGUCCUCAAUGUGGUCUGAAUAUACAAUUUGCGGAGUGAAGAUCAAAUUUCCUUGUAAAGCUUACCCAUCACAGCUUGCUAUGAUGAAUUCUAUUGUCAGAGGAUUAAAUGGUAGUCAACAUUGUUUGUUGGAGAGCCCCACAGGAAGUGGAAAAAGCUUAGCCUUACUUUGUUCUGCUUUAGCAUGGCAGCAAUCUCUUAAUGGGAAGCCAAUGGAUGAAGGCUUAAGUAAAAAAACUGAAGUACCAUUGUCAUGUUGUUGUACAUGCCAUUCAAAGAAUUUCACACACAGAGACCUGAACCAAGGAACUUCACCUCAUUUCAAUAGUCCAAGCACGCCACCUUCUGAAAGAAAUGGCAGUUCAUCGACUUGUCAAGACUCUCCUGAAAAAAACACUCUGGCUGCAAAGUUAUCUGCCAAGAAACAGGCAUCCACAUGUCGGGAUGAAAAUGAUGAUUUUCAAGUAGAGAAGAAAAGAAUUCGACAUGUAGAAACUACACAGCAGAUUAGAAAACGUCAGUGUUUUGAAAAGGAAGCAUACCAUUUAGAUACACCUGUUUCUUCAGCAAAGACUGUAAAACCCAACUCUCCAUUAGGAAAGCCUCCUGGCCAGUGUUCUAAGUGCUGUUGUUCUGCAAAACAAGGAAACAGUCAAGAGUCUUCAAAUACCAUUAAGAAGGAUCAAGGGGGGAAAUUCAAGAGACCCAAAAUAUAUUUUGGGACACGUACACACAAGCAGAUCGCUCAGAUUACUAAAGAGCUCCGGAGGACAGCAUAUUCAUGGGUGCCAAUGACCAUUCUUUCCAGCAGGGAUCAUACUUGUGUCCAUCCUGAAGUCAUUGGUAACUUCAACAGAAAAGAAAAGUGCAUGGAAUUUCUGGAUGGAAAAAAUGGAAAAUCCUGCUAUUUCUAUCAUGGUGUUCAUAAAAUUAGUGAUCAACACACAUUACAGACUCUUCAUGGGAUGUGCAAAGCCUGGGAUAUAGAAGAACUUGUAAGCCUGGGGAAAAAACUAAAGGCAUGCCCAUAUUACACAGCUCGAGAACUGAUAGGAGAUGCUGACAUCGUCUUUUGUCCCUAUAACUAUCUUCUAGAUGCACAAAUAAGGGAAAGUAUGGAUAUAAAUCUGAAAGAACAGGUUGUCAUUUUAGACGAAGCUCAUAACAUUGAAGACUGUGCUCGGGAAUCAGCAAGUUACAGUGUGACAGAAGUCCAGCUUCGGUUUGCUCGAGAUGAACUAGAUAUUUUGGUUACCAAUAAUAUAAGGAAGAAAGACCAUGAACCCCUUCGAGCUGUGUGCUAUAGCCUCAUUAAUUGGUUAGAAGCAAACUCUGAACAUCUUGUAGAAAGGGAUUAUGAAUCAUCUUGUAAAAUAUGGAGUGGAAAUGAAAUGCUCUUAAACUUAUAUAAAAUGGGCAUCACUACUUCUACUUUUCCCAUUUUGCAGGAGCAUUUUUCUACUGUUCUUCAAAAAGAAGAAAAACUCCCAUCAGUUCAUGGUAAAGAGGUGGCAAGAGAAGUACCUAUUCUUAGUGCUUCAACUCAAAUAAUGCUCAAAGGACUUUUUAUGGUGCUUGACUAUCUGUUUAGGCAAAACAGCAGAUUUGCAGAUGAUUAUAAAAUUGCUAUUCAGCAGACUUACUCCUGGACAAAUCAGAUUGAUAUUUCAGAUAAAAAUGGAUUCUUUGCUCCACCAAAAAAUAAGAAACGUUCACGACAGAAAAUUGCAGUUCGUGUGCUAAACUUUUGGUGCUUAAAUCCAGCUGUGGCCUUUUCAGAUAUUAAUGGCAAAGUUCGGACAAUUGUUUUGACAUCUGGUACAUUGUCACCAAUGAAAUCCUUUUCAUCAGAGCUUGGUGUUACAUUUGCUAUCCAACUAGAGGCUAAUCAUGUCAUUAAUAACUCACAGGUUUGGGUUGGUACCAUUGGUUCAGGCCCUAAGGGUCGGAAUCUCUGUGCUACCUUCCAGCAUACGGAAACAUUUGAGUUCCAGGAUGAAGUGGGAGCACUUUUGUUAUCUGUAUGCCAGACUGUGAGCCACGGAAUUUUGUGUUUUUUACCAUCAUAUAAGCUAUUAGAAAAAUUAAGAGAACGUUGGCUCCAUACUGGUUUGUGGCAUAAUCUGGAGUUGGUGAAGACAGUCAUUGUAGAACCACAAGGAGGAGAAAAAACUGAUUUUGAUGAAUUGUUGCAGGUGUACUAUGACUCAAUCAAGUAUAAAGGAGAGAAAGAUGGAGCCCUGCUAAUAGCAGUUUGUCGUGGUAAAGUGAGUGAGGGUCUGGAUUUCUCAGAUGACAAUGCCCGUGCUGUCAUAACAAUAGGAAUUCCUUUUCCAAAUGUCAAAGAUCUACAGGUUGAACUAAAGCGACAAUAUAAUGACCACCAUUCAAAAUUGAGAGGUCUUUUACCUGGCCGUCAGUGGUAUGAAAUUCAAGCAUAUAGGGCCUUAAACCAGGCCCUAGGUAGGUGUAUUCGACACAGAAAUGAUUGGGGAGCUCUUAUUCUAGUGGAUGACCGUUUCAGGAAUAACCCAAAUCGCUAUAUAUCUGGACUUUCUAAAUGGAUAAGGCAGCAGAUUCAGCACCAUUCAACUUUUGAAAGUGCACUGGAAUCCUUGGCUGAAUUUUCCAAAAAGCACCAAAAAAUCAUUGAUAUAUCCAAAAAGGACCAAAAGUGUAUACAAGACAGUAAAUCUACUCUUGAAGAGUCCUAUUUGGAGAAUGAUAGCCCUACUUAUUUACUUGAUACAUUAAGUUAUCUACCACCAGAACAUCCUACGAAAUGUAAAACAAAAAUGUGUGUCCAAGAACUACAGUGUCCUAAAGUGAUUACUAAAAACUCAUUUCUACCAAGUGAUAUCAUCUCUAGAAAAGAGAAAGAUGAUCCAGUAUUAUUGGAAGAGUCUGUCCAAGCAAAGAAAGCUGAAAAAUUUGUGAUUUCCAGAUCCUCAAGCCCAACUUUCAGUAAAGAAACAAAGAAAGUUAGCUGGUCUAACUUUAAUUCUUUAGGACAGUAUUUUACUGGCAAGAUGCAGGCUGUUACACCCCAGCUCAGUACAUCAGAGAAUUGUGCCUCUAGUUCUUCCACUUUCAAAGAAGAAAAUAAGGAAAAUAAAACUACUUUGCCACUUACUGAUAAAUAUGAUUCCUCAAAUAUAAAAGUAAACAUGCCGUUUGGGCUAUGCCCUCAAUCAGAAAACAUUAUUUCAUCAAUAAAGAUUGACACUACUCUUUCCAAAAAAGAUCAUUCAAAAGAACUGUUCUGCUCUAAAGAAGCCCAGGAUCCAGAUUUGGAACUGUCUCAGAAAUGUGAAGAAGCUAAACAUUCCAGUUUAAAUACAACUUUUGAAACAGAAGUAGAAGAUGAAUCUAUCUAUUUUACACCUGAACUUUAUGAUUCUGUAGAAACAGAUGAAGAAAAAAAUAAGCUAGUUGAAACCGAUGGAUUCAGUAAUAAUUCAAAUUGCAUUUUAGCUGGAGACUUUUUUGAAAUUAGAACUAUGAAAGGAGUGAAUUCAGUCAGAGAUGUGAAAGCUGAGGAUUACACAGAAACAAAGUUGAAUAGAAUCACUCAUAUUGAAGAGAAUAAAAUUAAUGACAUGUAAAGAAUAAUUUACGCAUUCGAUAAAAUGGUCUUACUUUAAAUUUUCACUUUAAUUCAUUGUUAUCAGAUUUUUUAAUCUAAUUGUAUGUUCAGAAAUGUAAAUUUUACUAUUCUCAAAUUUUGAUAAAGUGAUUCAUACAAAGUUUAUUCCUCUAAUAAGUCUUACUUAGCUAAAUGUAAUUUAAAAUUAAUCAAUCUGAAAGAUAUCUACAGUUUACUAGGGCACUUCCAAUUUCACAUUAACUGUUCAUAUUUUGUAGUCCGCUUUAUCCAUUUAUUUUCACGCUGAUAUAUAAAUAUUAGUAGCAGUUGCAUCUAGUCAUAUCUCAGCUACAUUUCACUAUAUGUUUUACUUUCAAUUGGUCUGACUUUUUUCUUAGAUAUCAAAAUUUGUCUUGAAGAAUUUAUUCCCUAACCAAACUGCCAAGUCAGAAAAAUUAAGGAAGGAAAUAACAUGCUUUCUCCACCCCUAACCCUUUUUAACUUUACUUUGAGGCACAGUUUUGCUAAGUUUCCUAGGCUGACCUCCAACUUGUGAUCCUCCUGCCUCAGCCUCCCAAGUAGCUGAGAUUACAGAUGUGCACCACUGUACCUAGCAACAGCAUGCAUUCUUAACUGAAGUUGUUUUACCUUUCGUUUGAUAAAGCUAAAAUUAAACAUCAUGAACAAAAUUAUGUAAAGUUAAAAAAAAAAGCCAAAUGAAAUAUUCCACAUAUUCAGUUCUUAAUUAUUUAACUUCAUCAUCAUUACAGGGAAAGGUGAUAAUUGAUCCCCAGCUCUAGAGGGGAAGAAAGUGGUAUUUUAUAAUAUAACUUAAAUUAUACAACUUUUAUAAAGAUAGAAAACUUGAUGUAUAAAUUUAAUAAGCAAACCCAUAUAUGUACUACAGCUGAAAUAUGUUUCCUUAAAGGACAUGAAUCCUUUCUGUAAAUUUUGAGUGUGUUUAUGCUUUAGUGAAUGAAAUUAUACAUUUGAUCAAAAAUGGUUAUAAAAGAUGUUCUUCUUAACAGGCGUGAUGGUGCAUGCCCGUAAUCCAAGUUAUUUAGGAGGUGAAGGCAAGCGAAUCGCAAGUUCGAGGCCAGCCUUCGCAACUUAGUGACGCAUGUCUCAAAAAAGUGGCUGGGGUCCGGGUGUGGGACUCAGGAUGAAUCUUAGUGGUAGAGUGCCCCUGGGUUCAAUCCUCAGUACCACAAAAGGCAGGGGGGCUGGGUGGUGUGGCCAUUUCUGACUUCAUUCCAAAAAUACAUACACUAAUCUUUUUCUAAGAAACAUCUGUUAUUCAGUGGGCAAUUUGGACUUCUUGUGAGUGACUUGAAUUGUUUUGUUUGCUCCUAGUGAUAGAACCCAGGGCCUUGCAUAUGGUACUCAAGGCUUCUACAUUCCCAGACAAAACUGAAAUUUUAUGAGCUGUGCAAGUAGUUCAUAUAGCAUGUUAUCAAGUCAGAAUUACUAGUAGUCAGAUAUUUUUAACAUUCAUUUAGAGAAAUUAUUACAUAUACAUAUAUUUUGCUUUCAUUUUUAUAGCAUUUUUAUUUAAUACAGCUUAUCUCCUUCUAUAGCAUUGGUUAUUGCAACCCUAAAAAUAGUUAAGAGACAUUUAAAUUGACAGUUUAUCAGUUAAAGAAUUUAUCUCUAAAUAUUGGGAUAUAUUAGACCCCAAUACUAGAUUCCUGAUAUUAUGUAUUUUUCUUAGUUGUUCAGUAAGUAAUAAAUACCAAACAUUAGAUUAGAAUAUAAUUGCUACAUUGUUUUGAAAGAGUGAAACCAUUAUUCCCCUCUAAAAUUGAUUAAACUACAGAUAAGGGUAACAUGGUAGGGGAAAGAGUACCAAGUAGAAGAUAGGAGACUUGGACUCUAUUCCUUGCUCAGGCUCUAAUUUGCUAAGUCAUAUUGGCAAUACCACGUCUUACACAGAAUUAAUUUUAUCUAUGAAAUGUAAAAUUCAGUACUAUAAAGUCAUACAAACCCCUUUCUACUUUAAAUAUAUAAGAUUUAAAGGAAUGUCUGUUGACAUUUUACUCUGAGUCAGUUUUGACUUGCUUUUAUUCCAAAAUGCUUAAAAUAAAACAUACAUUUAGGGAGCAUAGGAUAGGUACAUAAUGACUUGGAAAGCUUAAGACAUUUUGGGGACUUUCAAAUUUGACUUUAGAAGAAUUGCUAAAGUACAUGAAGAAAUCAAGCAUAUUAUUUUGUAGUUAGAUUCUACUGUUAUUACCCAAUUUUAUCAUCCCCUUUCCCAAAGUAAGAUUUUUUUUUAUUCUUUCAAGAAUCUAAUCCUUUUAGGCUAAGAUUUUUUCCAUUACUGAGAAUGUGCAUAGACAUGUGCCACAAGCCUUUAGUAAAACUAAAAGGUGUUUCAAAAAUUUUGCACAAUGAUAUCACUGUUGAAAUAGGUCUAUAGUCACUCCUCAAAUCACAAUUUUGACCAAGAUGAUAGUCCAGAAGUAAACUACUGGCUUUUGUAGAAUAGAAGGUAUUCAUUACUGAUAACAUGUUUUUUCUUAAGAUGUUUAUAUCAUUGUUAAAACAUAUGAAAGCAUUUGAAAGAGUACUUGGCAUUUGGCGGGCUACCAAUUAAUUAUCAGUUAGCAGUUAAUUAUUAGUAACCAAUCAUGUAUCUGAUGUACACUCUUGCUUUAUAUAAAGCUUUCCCUAACUGUAGAUUGAUGGAUAUAGAUCAUCUGACAAUGAACCAUCCUAUAGGAAAAGGAAAAGUUAUUUGACUGGUUUAUUUUUUAAACUUUUUGAGAUAUAUGUUAGAAAUUGUUUUAUCAGAUAAUUUGUCUUAUAUAUUCAAUGCAUAUAAAAUAAUAUGGAAGAGCUAAAAAUAUAUAUAGAUACAGGCCAUGAAUCAUGAAAACUACCAUUGCAGUAAGGGAUUUAUUCAUGGAAGAAAGGUACAAUGUAAAGAAUAGAUGAUAUUUGAAUUUUAGAUGAAUCAUUUAAAACUUUAUAAAUUGUAGCCAGGCACAGCACACACCUGUAAUCCCAGAGGCUAAGGAGGCCGAGACAGGAGAAUCGCAAGUACAAAGCUAGCCUUAGCAACAGUGAGGUGCUAAGCAAAUCAGUGAAACCCUGUCUCUAAAUAAAAUACAAAAUAGGGCUGGGGAUGUGUGGGCUGAGUGGCCGAGUGCCUGCCCCCAAGUUCAACCCCCAGUACCUCACGCCCCCCAAAAAACUUUAUAAAAUAGUGUUGGAAAUUAAUGAGAAUUCUUACUAUGCUCCUACUAUGCAUUUUAUUUUUACAUGGUUUUAAGUUUGGCACUGCUUUUACAUUCACAUAAGGCUUUGUUUUUAUUCUUAUGAUCUUUCUAUUCAAAACAUUAAUUUUAAAAAAGAGUAUUCUCAUACUAUUUUUCUGCAAUAGGACUUUGUCAUGUUAUUAUUUUCCUAUAAUAAAACACACUCAAAAUAUUUAAUUCUUUAGAACUGCUUAUAAAACUUCUUCAUGAAAUCAAAGUGCCUGUUGUAAAAUCACUUGAAAGACUGGUUAUUGUAGUCAUCUGUAAAUGAUGGCAUUCUUUGUAUAUUUGAUUACCACACAGUUAUUCUUACUUACACUCUUUUUAAUCUCAAAUUUCUCAGCCUACCAUACAAGAGUUUAUUUCAACUUUUAUGAAUUCUUGUUAUAUUUCUUGUCUAUUUCCAUAGCAAAAUGAUGUCAAUCAUUUGUAAAGAUAGUAUUAAUAAUGAAAUUUUUCAUAAUCAAAAAAGUUUAAGACCACAUCAGGCAAUGAAUGUCUAAGAAAGCUAAAACCUUAAUGUGAAAUAUCUGUGCAGCUAUGAAACAUACAAUAAAGAACAUCAUUUCAGGAAAUGGAAAUUUAGAAAAA